CUAGCAGACUCCCAGCACCAUGGCUUGCUGCGUCGCCCGCUGCUGCAGUGUCCCCUCCGGCCCCGCCACCACCAUCUGCUCCUCAGACAAGUCCUGCCGCUGCGGGGUCUGCCUGCCCAGCACCUGCCCACACACCGUCUGGCAGCUGGAGCCCACCUGCUGCGACAACUGUCCCCCACCCUGCCACAUUCCUCAGCCCUGUGUGCCCACCUGCUUCCUGCUGAACUCCUGCCAGCCGAGGCCAGACCUGCUGACCAUCAACCUCACCACCUUCACCCAGCGCGGCUGCGAUCCCUGCACCCCAAGCUGCUGCUGAUCCUGCCGGCUCUGUGCAGGG